CGGUUGCGAGGUCCAGUGAGCGCUGUAAAGAGUAGGAGGAACCAGAAAUGACUUUAAGCAGUCGACUAAUAAGCGGCUUGAAAGACUGAUGAAGUCAAUAUUCCGCACUAAUGCUUAAGAAGACGCAUUCUGCCACCUGAUUGUACAAUUGUCCGCUGACUGGAUGCAUGAAUGCAGACUCAUGCGUGUUGAAUGAAGUGUCGAAGGUUUACGAAUGCACUCCUAUGAAAAGCUGUGCUGACCUGUACAAUGCUGGUAAAACAAGCAGUGGUGUUUAUACAAUAGACCCUAAUGGUUCAGGAGCCUUUGAUGUUUUCUGCGACCAAACAACAGCCGGUGGAGGGUGGACAGUGUUCCAGAAGAGGAUAGACGGUUCUGUUGAUUUCUACCGCGACUGGGCCGACUAUAAAAAAGGCUUCGGUAACCUGAAUGGCGAGUUUUGGCUGGGACUGAACAAGAUACAUCGCCUGACCAACAGUAAUACUUUCAAGCUUCGAGUGGAUCUGGAGGACUGGGAAGGAGAGACCAGAUUCGCCGAGUACGACAAGUUUGCAAUUGGGGAUGAAGCUUCUAAGUACCGUCUGAGUCUUGACUCAUAUUCAGGAUCGGCUGGUGAUUCUCUUGCCAGGCAUCGCGGUUAUCCCUUUACCACCAAAGAUCAGGACAACGACAGCUUUGGUUCAAAUUGUGCUGUGUCCUACAAAGGAGCCUGGUGGUACACGGGAUGUCAUGACUCCAAUCUGAAUAGUCUUUAUCAUGAAGGCGGACCACACUCAUCACAUGCUGAUGGUAUCAACUGGAAGCACUGGAAAGGACAUAAGUACUCCAUGAAACGAGCUGAGAUGAAAAUCAGACCUGUUAACUUCUAAAACUGGCGUGUUCUUGGUUUGCCUUGCACAUUAUAAACGACUCUAUUCUCACGCAGUUUAAUAACCAUCGAUUCAUUAUAGUACCUUGAAAUAUGAACAAACCUAUUAGAGCUUUUAAGCACUGACGAUUCCCGUCAGUCUUCGUUGAUAAUCCAGGCCUGGUCAAUCGAUUAUGUAUUCUUCAGCAAUAUCGACUGAACAAAUCGACAAUAACUAUUUAACCAUCUAUCAUUUUUUUUCCCGGACAAUGGGACUGGAGGGUUUUACACUGCAACUCUUGCCUGAGCUCUUUCCGGUGUCGUAAACUAACAAAGUAGGAUGUAAAGCCCAAAAUGUUUCUGUUAUUAGUUGUUUCUGUUCCCGUUAUUUUGUUGAUGAAUGUUAAAGAUACGCUUAUUAUGAAGAUCAAAUGACUCAAUAAAACCAUUACAGAGAGAUUUUGUAAGUUACUUUAUCAGUGUACUAAAAGGACAAAAAAAAUUUCUGACAACUAUCGAUACCGAUCAAUACCAAUCGAUGAAUCAAUCGUUGUCGAUUACCAUCGGCAAUCGCUAACAAUCGAACUCACAACAAAUAACAAAUUAAAUCGUCAUGAUAUAUGUGAAAAAGGUGUGAUUUUUACAACAAGUACUGAAAGAAAAAGGUUAUUCAAGCG